AUGCUGUUCCGCUUCGGCGUGGUGCUGCCCGCCCGGGUGACGGAGGGCGGCGCGGAGCUGCUGCUGGCCGGGUCGCGGCCGGAGCUGGGCGAGUGGGACCCGCGGCGCGCCGUGCCCAUGAGGCGGGCGCGGCCGAGCGCCCCGCUGCCCGCCCAGGAGCCCGCGCUGUGGCUGGCCGAGGUGGCGCUGCCGGACGAGGACGCCGCCAGCCCCUUCUGGUACAAGUUCCUGCGGCGGGAGGGCGGCCACUUCCUCUGGGAAGGUAGUGGGCCCCAUCAUGAUCGAAGUUGUGUUUUCAACCAGAGCAACAUAGUAGAUGGAGUUUACUGCCUCCCAAUAGCACACUGGAUUGAAGUCUCUGGACAUACUGAUGAGAUGAAACACACAACUGAUUUCUAUUUCAAUAUUGCAGGACAUCAAGCUAUCCAUUACUCCAGGAUUCUGCCAAACAUCUGGCUGGGAAGCUGUCCUCGGCAGCUGGAGCAUGUGACCAUCAAGCUGAAGCAUGAGCUGGGUGUCACAGCUGUGAUGAACUUCCAGACUGAAUCUGACAUUGUUCAAAAUUCCUGGGGCUGCAACCGCUACCCAGAACCCAUGAGCCCCGAAAUCCUCAUGAAACUGUAUAAGGAAGAAGGCCUUGCCUAUGUCUGGCUGCCAACUGCAGACAUGAGCACUGAAGGCAGGAUCCAGAUGUUGCCCCAGGCGGUGUGCCUGCUGCACGGGCUGCUGCAGAACGGACACACUGUCUAUGUGCAUUGCAAUGCUGGCGUGGGCAGGUCCACAGCUGCUGUCAGCGGCUGGCUGAGGUACGUGCUGGGAUGGAGCCUGAGGAAGGUGCAGUACUUCUUGGCUGCCCGGAGACCAGCUGUCUACAUUGAUGAGGAAGCUCUGAAUCGUGCUGAAGAAGAUUUCUACCAGAAAUUUGGGCACCUUCGUUCCUCGUAUCAAAUACAAGAGUAGAAAAGGAGAAGAAGAAAAGGAAGGUGAAGAGGAAUUUGAACAUUUGAACCUCAAGGACUUAGAAAUUUCUGUGUUUCAGGCACCCACCUCAACUCUUCAGAUUACAAGCUUCUUGUAAAAGUGAUGAGAAUUUUGUUUAAAAAGUGCCUUAGAGGUUUUUAUUUGCUUUCCUUGAGCUGACAUGGUUCAUGUUUUCAAGCCUUUUGGUGCAAUUAUGAGACCUAGAAACUGCAAAGGGAAGCAAGAUUUUCUUUUAACUACUUGCCCAUAGGAGCUGAGAUUUUAGGCUAGAGACUAAACAAGACGUGAGGUGAAAUAGAGUUGGCAAUAAAAAGUGAGAAGAAAAAAAUAUGGAUAUUGACUGGAUUAAGAUUCAGAUUAGGAUGGAGCAGAUCAUCAUCAAAGCUGCUCAGUUAUUUUAAGCAGACAUUAGAUUGUUGCAGUGUUUUGUAGUAAUUCUGUAGACAAGUGGUAUUGAUGAGAAAGACCAGAAGGAAACUGAUUCUUCAACUCAGUGUUUAAAAACAAAAAGCUAAUAUCUAAUGCAGUGAACUAAGAUUUGCACUUUGUCCAUCUAGUUAAUGUUAAGUAUUAUGGGCUCCAGCUGUAUUCUUUCAUGACAUUGGUAUUAUGCUGGGCUGUGGCAUGGAGAGAGGACACAGCUCCAGCUGUGGAAGCCUUGCUUUGUCGUGGGGCAGGACCACUGCUUGUUACAUUAUCCUGGGCUGUGAGUUCUCUGAGACGAAGCUGCCUUUUGCCCCUCUGGCCCAUGCAGUGCUGAACAGGGGCUCCCUUAGGUGCCAAGUCAUUCUGAGCAGUGACCACUGGGUAAGACAGGACCUAUAGGAAUUGUGUGAUAAGCAGAGUGCACAACUGGCACCUCAGCCUCUGGGCUGUUGACCCAGAUUAACAUUUGCAAUACAGCAAAAGCUUCUCCUUGUGCAAGCAGUGGGUGUGUGCUGGGUUUAGCUCAUUGAAGCUAAUGCUGGGCCACCUCUGGUCUGAAUGAAGUCAAUAUAUUCCUCUAUAGGAGCAAAGAGCAACUCUGCAGAGGGUGGUUUCUCAGCAGCUUAGCCUCAGUAUUAGCUUUGUGGAUGAUCCCUAAUAUUUUCCAUUGCUGCUUGGUCCCUUAGCUAAACUAAGCACCAACAGCUUCCAGGCCCGCUCAGAUGAAAUUAAUUUGAUAUAAAUUGAGUUCAAGAGAGAAGAGAGAAUUAAGGAUGCAUAAACAUUAAGAAACAUAAUUUCUAUAGGUUUAUUCUUCAGUGAAAUCUCAUUUUUUUCAGGCAACUUGUUCCUCUGAAGAUGCAGUCAGUGACAGAGUAGUUUAAGUAAUAAAUAUUGAUUUUCUGAAUGCUUAAUGGAGAAACUAUUGGAUAUGAGCUGUUUAUGGAGAAUGUACAAAAUAAUAUAUUUUAUUUAUCCUAUACUUCAAUCUUGAAAAGAAAAAUGUUCAUUUAAGUUAUUGUAUUUGUGGGUUUGACCAUGACUUUAUUUCUGAAUUUUUGAAAUAAUACUGCCUGUUUAGAAAAUGGAUGAGAA